UCGCUGAAUCGGCGUGUGAGUCAGUGCUCCGUUGGUCUCCACAUCUUCGGUUUAUUUUGUUGGUUUUCUCCCACAUAUAGCCACCAAACUCUCCAUAGGACUAGGAGAGACUUCCAUCUAACCGAAAACCACGCUUUUGGACAUGCAUACGUGAUAAAACCUGCAAUUCAUAUAAUUUUUCGGCAGCCUAGCGCUGGGUGACUUAGGCAAUGGCGGUGGUUGGCCAGCGACAUAACUCUCGACACAUGAUGUCUUUCCAAGGGGGACCCGCCCAAACCCCCACCCAAGGGGCGAUUUUGGCAGCGGCAGUGGCUGUACCAUACUAUCAAGUGGUUCCUGCCCAAGACGCUCAACCAGACAGACCCAUUGGAUACGGGGCGUUUGGUGUUGUAUGGGCGGUUACGGACCCUCGUGACGGCAAACGGGUGGCGCUCAAGAAGAUGCCAAAUGUCUUCCAAAACCUCAUCUCCUGUAAACGGGUGUACCGAGAACUUCGGAUGCUCUGCCACUUCAGGCACGAUAACGUCCUAUCAUCGUUAGAUAUACUUCAGCCUCCCCACAUAGACUUCUUCCAAGAAAUCUAUGUGGUCACUGAGCUGCUACAGAGCGAUCUACAUAAGAUUAUCGUGUCGCCUCAGCCGCUCACUGCCGACCAUGUCAAAGUCUUUCUCUACCAAAUACUCAGAGGUCUGAAGUACCUCCACUCCGCCCGGGUUUUACACAGGGAUAUCAAACCUGGCAACCUCCUUGUAAAUAGUAAUUGUUGUUUAAAGAUCUGUGACUUUGGUCUUGCACGCAUCGAAGAGCCUGAGGAAUCUGUACAUAUGACUCAGGAAGUAGUGACGCAGUACUACCGACCUCCAGAGAUCCUUAUGGGGGCCAAACAUUACUCAUCAGCCGUGGAUAUAUGGUCGGUCGGCUGUAUAUUUGCAGAACUACUCUCUAGGCGUAUCCUGUUCCAGGCUCAGAGCCCAAUACAACAGCUUGAUCUCAUCACAGACCUCCUGGGCACCCUGAACCUCGAGGACAUGCGAACAGCAUGUGAGGGGGCCAAGGCUCACAUCCUCCGCCAGCCCCACAAGCAGCCCUCACUGGCAGCCCUCUACACCCUCUCUGGCCAGGCCACACAUGAGGCAGUUCAUCUACUCUGUAGGAUGCUAGUGUUUAAUCCAGAAAAACGAAUAACAGCCAGUGAUGCAUUAACACACCCGUACCUAGAUGAAGGUCGGCUUAGAUAUCACUCGUGUAUGUGCAAGUGCUGCUAUAACACGUCUGCCGGACGCCAUUAUACCUCAGACUUCGAGCCUCCCUGUCACCAACCCUUCAGUUAUAGCUUUGAAGAUGAGCUGACAUCUGUAGCAAAGGUCAAAGAAAAGUUGCACCACUUUAUAUCAGAACAACAACAACGAGCCAAGCGAGUCCCACUGUGUCUAAACCCCAAUUCCAUCUCAUUCAAGAGUUUCCAAAGUGUCAAGGGACGCAAGUCACGUAGCCAGUCCCAUUCCCAACAAAACUCAAACCUCGCCAGUAAAUCCCGCGGACCCAACUUGCCGUAUGGAUGUUAGGUGGAGACAGACAGAUACAGACUGCUCAGGGCCAUGAUGUGUGGAGAAUCAGUUUCAGCCUAACCUGGAUGUUACAAAGUGUUUGAUUGGUCAAUAUACAAGACCCAUGGAGAUAAAACACUGAAUACAGUUGGCCGAGCAUGGACUGAUGAUAUAGUGGAGGUGGUUGUUGUUUUCGUCAAGUUCCGUACAUAGAUGUACAGUUCACUCAGAAGUACUGCUCUGAAAUGUGGUAGCAUCCACCUCCUGAUGGCCUAGUCAAGAUGUAAGCUGCAUGCUGAUUGGCCCAUGAAUUGGUCACGGACCGGCAUCUGGCUGAACUGGCGAAUCACACAGCUUCUACGGGAGCAAAAAGACUUCUCGCCAUACAAUACAUAUGAAUAUAUACAGGUUGGACAGAGUUGGUGAAACCAUUGACCUUUGAGUAUUUGAAAAUCAUCAAAAGGAUUCAAGCUACCGACUGGUGCUGCUAGGGGUUUAGAGCAUUGGCUACCCUCCACGGGGUAAUCAUCACUACUACACUAUUUUUGUACAGUACAUUUUCCAUGAGUUGUGCGUGUGUUUUUCCGUGAAGUAUGUGCGUGAGUGGGUGGUGGUGACCCUGACCAAUGGCGCGCGGGCCAGCACACCAUUACGACCAGUUACCUGCCUCGCACGUGCGUGUGUGUGUAGACAUGCAUGCAUGUGCGUGCGUCGUCGCCUGGAACCCACUCCUGAUCUCAUUUUACACCAUAUUUAUUUUGCCACUAUUUCCCCUUAGUGAGCACAUGACGUACGAUAUUCCACCUGACAGUCACAUGACUAUCACAUGACUUAGGUAUACUCUCUAAACAGGCAACUGUUCAGUAUUGUUUAUAUGUAGUGUAUUUUCUUUAUUUAUGCUUGUUUUGUACUAAUUUUUAUGACAGCAAAUCUACAAACAUUGGAAAGUGGCAUUAUCAGAUCCAAUACAGUCUCAAAGAUCUAUGCAUGUCUAACUUGCAAAACAGUACAUGGGAAAGGCAGAUUCCCUGAGAAAAUACGCCAAAAUAUCGAGUGACAAACGCUUUAUUACACCCUACUUCCAUGGCAAGCCAAUCAAAUCCUCAACACGUUCAGGCAGCCAAUCAACACUGACUUGCCUUACGACUCAAACUACCAAGAUAUUCUUGAUGUUGUGGUGUAUAUGCUAGACAUGUUGUAUAUACCAUUUUGACACUUUCUAGAGUAUCCAGACAAUGGUAGACAUUUCAGGAGAAAUUAUGUAGACAACAUCAAGUCUAUUUUGUACUUUUGUACACAAGUAGAGCUCGAGGAUACCCCAAUCUCCGAGGUAGGGUUACACAGUAAUUGAAGCAUGCAAAAUGGCAUCAGAUAAACGAACUGAGAGUUCAGUUCACGCAUAAUACCGCUGUCAAUAUGUGCAUUGCAACAGGCAUAAUGGUUGAACUUGCCUGAUGAACUACACAAAGGGAGGUAACUCCAGUGAAAGCCAGUCAUCAUCAUCUCAUGUAUUUUGUGGUCAUCUUGAGAAAUUGCCAUUCCAUCGGAAGUAUUAGUGUAUAUAUAUCCUAUGUGUGGGGAGUGUGUUGUACAGACUGGGUUUAGCUCUUUGGGGUAGAUGGCGUGGUUGUCUGUUACGUGAGCUUUUACGGUUGCUGUAGAGUCGGCCAUAUUGUACAUAUACGAGAAAUGGUCAUUUUAUAGACGAUUUACAUCCGAGAUUAACCACUCUACAGGUUACGGGGCAACAAACAGGAUGAAAUGAUCUCCGAAAACAGUUUAUAAGAGUUCUGGUAUUAGUUUUUUUUGUAAGCAGGUACUGAAAUAAGCAAGUGUUAUGUACUGGUCAACGAUGUUUUCGACAACGUGGUUUUUGCAGCAGUUUUUAUCCUGUUUGGUGGCUUGCUGAAGAAGCUGUAGCCUGGGUGCUGUUACUAGUGUUAGCUUUCAGCAAUCAUCUAUGUAUAUGUGGGGCAGAUAAACAUCUACAUCUUUCUACCGUCGAAACCAAAAUAGCCAUUUAUACUGUCCCCACUGAAACUAGAGGGAGUGCUCAACGUGUGAACAUUUCCAAGUCCGAUUUUAUGAACUUUGUUAUUGACUUUUUAUCUAUAUUGGGUGUGUGUAGAUUAUUGUUCGAACCCAAUCUGCUUUGUAACAAAUAUAUUGUAAUGACUAUAGAUUGUUUGCAAAUUUACAAACGUGUUUGAUAUUGGUAAUGGAAUUUAUGAAACGAUCGUGGCCAUUUUGUGAUUAUUUUAAACAGUGAAUGUUAAUGGUAAACACUCGUCAUGUCCGAUACCAUGCGAUGGCAACAUCAGAUGUGAUGUGAACAAAGACAUGCUUGAAUGAUUGAUGUGUACGACCCGUGAAACAAUUCAAACUUGAUCAUCCACAUGUUUGCUUGGCUAUACGUGGAAUAUUCUUUUCUAAGGCACACUCACUCACUCAAUAUAUCAAGCUUUUAUUGCUCAUCAAAUUUAAUUGUUAGAAGCAAAGACCAAUCUGAACUUAAUUCUCCAUAUUUAUCAUUUCACUACAAACUGAUUUGUGAUUGUAAUAUUUUUAUAAUGAGUGUUAAGUUACAGGUUUAAUGCUUAUUUUGUGUAAGUAAAAAUUAUUGUAUAUUUUUGCAAAUACAUUGUAUUUCUGCAACUUCAAUCUGUAUAUUCUCUCUUGUGAAUCUGAAUGAAAUCGACUUAAGUAAUUGUGAAGAUUUAACUAAUUUCUCACAGGUAUUGCACAUCAUGUCUUUCAUAUUGUUUUUGGAUGUGAAAUGUUUAUCAGACCAUCUGAAUGUAACGCCAAGCAAAGGGUACUUCUGAAAGCAUAUUCUAACUUAUAUAAAACUAUGUAUAGAAAGAAAGUAUUUAUCUCAAGUAAUGGUCCGUGUGGCAUUACAUUGAGAGUUGAGCGUUCAUACUUCUACCUCUUGCGGCUGUCAGUCGUGCUUGUGUAAUAUACAUUGUGUUACAGUAGUAGUCGAAGGAUUGCUUUGCAGGAUAGCAACAUGUGGGGACAGACAUCGUAGUCACCAAGUUUACAGCAAAAUGACACGUCAAUGUGGUUAUAAACAGGGGCGUAGCUACCAUUAUAAAAAAAAGCCCGAGCUUGGACAUGAUUGUUGCUAAAAAGGUUGGGCAAGCCCUCAAUACUAUCCAAAUGUAAAGCUUUGCAACCUAUCGGGCUUACACGAAAAAAAUGGCUUGCAAUGCACCUGAUAAAGUCAUGUCACAUCAGAUUAUAGUUUUGUCAUGGCAAUGAGUUCAUUAAGAUUAUCAUCCUAAUAGGUGAAGUGACAAAUAUUUGAAAGAUGUUCCUAAUGAAAUUAAAUCCACCAUUUAAAAUAAUGAAAGUUGCCAUUUUGUUUAUUAUCUUUUAGUUUAUAAACAUUGACAUUUUUUGUAUAAUUAUGUGAAAAUGCAUCUUUAAACAAUUCUCAAACGCUAAUGUUUCCUCAUCAAAUAUAAUUACCAGUAUCAUUUUUACAAAACAAUAUUAAAAUACCCCUGUAACAUGUUAUAUUUGGGAUUACACUUCCUUAGAAAAGUACACAUUCUAGUACUUUUUAGUACUUUUUUGGGUUGAGUAAACCAAAAAAAGUACUAGAAUUUGCACUUUACUAAGGAAGUGUAAUCCCAAAUAUAGCAUAUGUUACAUUUCACUACUUUUUAAAUGGCAUUGUGUAAUCAAAAAUACCCCUGCUCAAUUUCCAUGACAACAAAUUUACAUAUUGAGGAUAUAUUUCACAAAGUAUUAUCUGUCAGUGAUCUUAUGAACCAUUUUAACCUGAUACCCAGAGCAAGCCUGUACAAUGAUAGAAAGGAGGUUACGCUUGCUACCAUGGCUUUAUCUUAAGUGGCAUCUACUGAACAUCUUAGUACCAGUGUUCUGCUCUAACUUGGGUUGUCCCUGCAUUUGUAUUGUAGAUAGCUGUGCAUGUUCCACACUGUUGCUAUUCUAAGUAAUUUAUGCUCUUCAUAUGAAAAUCUAUUCCUAGUAUUUGUUAAUAUGUAGAAGACUUAUUUUCCUAAACUGUACUGGUGUGAUUGCAAAUUGGUGUAUUUUGUAUUUGUGGGUGCGUCUUUCCACUGCGGGUAUGUUAAGUUUAUAACUUGAAAAUGAAAUUAUCUUGGUGAUUAUUUGGUGAUUCUGACAAAUAGUUAAAACCAUCAUGGAUCAUUAAUUGUAAAUACACAUACACAUAUAUAUCUCCAAGAUCUGUAGUGUUGACGAAAUUAAUUUAUCAACUGGUGAUCAACAGUUUUGGUACCUGGCAUAUCUGUACAACUCAUAAGUAGUCCAUUAGUAUCAACAUUUAAUACCGAAUACAUGUGAAAUAAAGGUUGAAUGCAUAUGCUAGUUGUAGCUGACAGUCUUAGCACAUGUACUGUUAUUAAUGAUUGAAGCCUUAUUCUGUCUGUUGUGAGUGAAAUAGGAAAUAUUUAGCAUAGUUUCAACUUUUGUCAGUGUACAAUAUUUUGUGAGCACAUUCAACUGCUUUUUGUGAACUUGUUUUGUAAAUUCAAGAGAUUGUCUUCAAAUGUUUUUCUCCAAAUCUGCAACAACCACCAUUAAUGUGCAAUAAUACCUGUAAUUAUUUCUGUCUGAAUAACCUUCAAAGGGAGAUAACUCGCCCGAGCGCCUCCCCAACCUCGGAGUGUUACUAGACUAGUCACAACAAUGAUAAAAUGUAUAGUCAUGUGAUGAUCAACUGACAAGUCACAUGAUAAGUCAUAUGACCUCCGACAACCAGCAGCAGUGAUAGAUGUACCGCCCAGAGACAUUCACUCCUCCGAACGUUAUGGAAGGUUAGCACAUAGGCUGAGCAUAUCAGAAUAGUUUCAUGGCCCAGACAGCACAAAUAAAUCUGUGUACAUUUUCAAAUAACCGCGAUUACGACGUGCUGAAAAGAUUUUUUUUUUACAUUCAAGCAGCAAAGAUUGGAACUAGUUUUGUAUCUCUUAGGCUGUCGGCCAUGGUGGUAUUCUGAUGUUGUCGGCUAUGUAUUGACAUUGGCCUCAUCCGAUUCACAGCUCAAGAUUGCCAUAGACUCAUUGUACACCAUCUGGAUUUGCAAUAAAACAUUGAUAAAUA